CUUCAGGGAAAAUUCAUCUCUCGGUCUUCUCUCUGUGGACGGACGACGUCCACACAAGCUGCGGGCAGCCUUAGAGAGCAGAGCUGAGACCGAAGUGCGAAGCUUCAGUUCACGCAGCACUUCCAGCAUCUUACUUUACGCUUUUAGAUCGCUUCGUGAGUCGUUUUUUUUCCAGCUUUUGACUCCAGCGGAGCGGCUUUUGGCGCAGGGAAGCUGUGCAGUGUUGCUUCAAGUGUCCCUCCGGAGUCGACAAAAGUUUCCUGCCACGUUUUGAAGCAACGUCGGUCCUUUUUUUUCCCCCCUCCAAUAAUUUUAUCCUCUUUUGCAACUAUCGUCGUUGUGUUUUGAGGGGAGUUCGGCGUUACUUUCCAGAACUUUGAAUCUCUGGGAGUAGUUUGCAGUCUCCAGAAUGCUGCCGCAGCUGCUCAGCCUGGCCUGCUGUCUCUUCUGCUUGCACUCUGUCAACGCAAAUGUACUAAAAGCUGAGGCGUGGCUGCAGAAGUAUGGCUACCUGCCUCCAGGUGACGUCAGAGCCCAGGCCAUCCGCUCGCCGCAGUCGAUUGAGACGGCGAUCUCAGCCAUGCAGAGGUUUUACGGACUGACCGUCACUGGAACCAUAGAUACCAACACGCUAGAAGCAAUGAGUCGGCCGCGGUGUGGCGUCCCGGACAAGUUCGGCCCAGAGCUGAAAACCAACCUGAGGAGGAAGAGAUACGCCAGGCAAGGUCUGAAGUGGGACAAGUCUGAGGUCACCUUCAGCAUAGAGAACUACACCCCCAAAGUGGGCGAGAGAGCCACGCAGGACGCCAUCCGAAAGGCCUUCAAGGUUUGGGAGAGCGCCAUCCCUCUCACCUUCAGAGAGAUUCCCUUCAGCCAGAUCAGAGGGAAGGUCGACAAGUACGCUGACAUCAUGCUGUCCUUCGCCGACGGCUUUCACGGCGACAGCACCCCGUUCGACGGGGAGGGCGGCUUCCUGGCACACGCUUACUUCCCCGGUAACGGCAUCGGGGGGGACACGCACUUUGACCUGGCCGAGCCGUGGACCACCGGCACCGUGGAUCAGGGAGGAAAUGAUGUUUUCCUGGUGGCUGUCCACGAACUGGGCCACGCUCUGGGUCUGGAGCACUCCGACGACCCUUCAGCCAUCAUGGCCCCCUUCUACCAGUGGUUCGAAACAGAAAACUUCCAGCUGCCGGACGAUGACCGCCGCGGCAUCCAGGCUAUUUAUGGUUCCAAAUCCGGCGUUCCCCCUCCUCCUCCUCGCCCCACAAAGCAGUCCAAGCCUGACAAGCCCGACGAAGGCCCCGACAUAUGCGAGGGACACUUUGACACCAUCGCCAUCCUGAGAGGGGAAAAGUUUGUCUUCAAGGACAAGUGGUUUUGGCGUCUGCGUAACGACAAGGUCUUACCCGGCUACCCCAGGCCAGCCGGUCAGUUCUGGAAGGGACUUCCAUCAAACAUCAACGCCGCGUACGAGAGGAAUGAUGGGAAGUUUGUCUUCUUUAAGGGUGAAAGAUACUGGGUUUACAGCGAGUCCACCUUGGAGAAGGGUUAUCCGAAGAGCAUCAAAGACCUGGGCGCCGGCCUCCCCAAAGACAAGAUCGACGCCGCUCUCUUCUACACGCCAACAGGACAGACGUACUUCUUCAAGGGGACUCAGUACUACCGGUUCAACGAACAGACUCGCAAAGUGCACAGCGACUAUCCAAAGCCCAUCAGCAAGUGGAGCGGAGCCCCAGACAACAUUAAAGCUACGUUCAUGAGCGAAGAUGGAUCUUACACUUACUUCUACAAGGCCAACAAGUACUGGAAGUUCAACAACCAGCACAUGAAGGUGGAGUCCGGCUACCCCAAGUCGGUGCUGCGCGACUGGAUGGGCUGCGACAGCGAGGAGCCCAAGAAGGGCCGGACGGUGAUCAUCAUCGAGGAGACGGAGGGCGGCUCCUGGGUGGCGGGCGUGGUCAUCCCCCUCCUCCUGCUGGUGCUGGUGCUGCUCACGCUGGGAGCGCUUUUGUUCUUCAGGAAGUACGGCACGCCCCGACGCCUCCUCUACUGUCAGAGAUCGCUGCUGGACAAGGUGUAGGCGGCGCGGCGGGGGGCCUGACAGACAGACAGACUGCACAAAGAGGGACAGAGCGACGGAACGGGAGGAGUCCGGAGGAACCGAGAGCGCAGCGAGGAUCGGGGAGGAGAGCGAUGCAACUGUGGGGAAAGAAAGACCGACUGGGGGCGUUGAAGGGGAGACGGCAUGUUGGGAGGUUUGUAAGUGCCACAAAAAAAAAAAAAAAAAAAAAAAAAAAAAAACCCCC